AUGUCAUCUUACCGAUCCGCCAAUGCGCCCAAUGCAUUCGUCUCAUCCAGACGAUCGUUAGCCUUGCCUGUUAUCCUUGAAGACCAGGAAUCGUUCUCCCGUGGAACAAUCCAUGGUAAAGAUCAAACAGGCCCACUCCCUGAGAAAGUGGGAGAGAUUGGUAGACAGCAUCCAUCUCGAGUCUAUCACCACACCAACACAGUGCAAGACUCGCGAGGAAUGCGCUUACAAUCGUAUGCUGUCUCAGGACAACCGCAGACUAUCCCAUCGCAGGCCCCGCGCGGACGACGGAUGCAAUCAAAUGCGAGCUUUGCAAAUGACGACGCAGAUUUAGAGGCUUGGGGUGGAAGACCGCGUUUUGCUUCUGAGCUCGCCGGCGAGUUCAUGAAUCAAGUCCCGAUUGAAACUGGUGAUCGUCCUUCCGCUCGCCGAGGAUCAGGGACUUUGGUUCAUCGAUCUCUAUCAAAUCUGUUCCUCAAACCUGUCAUAUUGGUUAUGUUCGGUGUUACCCUCUUGAUUCUCACUACCAUUGGAUUCAUUGAAACUCAGCGCCGCAUAUCAAACGCCAAAGCCUCGCACGACGCCCAAAUGGAUGACCCGUCGAGGCAUAAUGGGGAAAACGAGCAAGGAGAUAUGGGUGACGGAACUCUGAGUGGUGUCUCGUUUGCUUACAUUGGUACUAUCUUUGUAGUUGCUUUAUUGGUCGAGAUUUGUAUUUUGAUUGGUUCUUUACGAAGUCUAUAUCAUCGGCUUGGAUCUUUCGUCGAUCAGACGUACCCUGUCCCAAUACCUGAUCUCGCAAACCCACAAGCGAUCUUACCCCCACCACCAGCGCUCCCAUGGUGGGCAAAGGCUCUCAACAUCACGCCUGAAGCAGCUCGAACACCUCCAUUACCACCCUAUACGGCUGUGUUCAACAUGAUCCGUACUGGAAGUAUGGCAGGCCCAAGUCCAAGGACAGGUGACAUUGAGGAUGUAGAAGUGGUUAGAACGCUCGCGAUGGGACAAGGAAAGCCUGCACCUGCCUUUGGUGGCGAAGAGUUUAGGCAAUCUACAGUCUUGUUGACAUCUGAAGUGAAGAAUGGGCCUGUGAUCUCAAGAACGAGCUCAAUUUCCUCGAGUACUACUGCUGAUUCAAGGCGUGGGUCUCUUUCACCUGGGUCUAUUUCACCAACAACUACACAUCGCUGA